AUGUCUGACGGAAAUGGAUUUUCCGGAUUCCCCGGAUUCCCCGACGUAAAGGCCAAGCUUCAAAAGCCUACCAAGCAAUCUGCCUUCGAACGCCAAAAGGCCGAGGCCGAGGCCAAACGAAAGCGUGAGGCUGCCGAGACUGCCGCCGUUUACGCCGAUUUUGUCAAGAGCUUUGAUCGUGACGAUAAUGAACAGGAAGAUGAAGAGUCUUUUGGCAGGUUCGGAGGCUCGUCGAGACUUAAAAAGCAUGGUUUUGGCGGUCCUGGACACGGCGCCUCCAAGAGACACUUUGUUUCUUCUGGAUUGAAAAGCGGCCCCGGAAGUUUGGGACCUGCACCGAAAUCGUUUGCAAAGAAGAGAUCGUUCAACGAUUUCACGGGGCGGCUGGACCCGGGAGACCGACCGAGCAUAUCCGCUCCGGAGGAAACGGAAACUUCCGCAAGAACCUCCUUGGUUGCCCACGCUUUCCAUGCGAGCGAUGACGAUGAUGUUGGCGACGCAAAAGACCGGAACGAAGAAAAGGCUGUUUCGAAACCUACACUCCGGCUUACAAACAUGCCUUCCGGAACAUCGCCAGCGGCGGUAAAGGCACUGAUGCCGAACAAUCUAAACGUGGAAAAUGUCAAGAUACUGCCAGUCGCUGGUGCUGAAGGUUCGGAAAGGAAGUCUACCAUUGCCAUUGUCACUCUUGCGCAAGACACUCCGGCAAACGAAAUGGAUGCAGCUGUGAGCACUCUACAGAAUCGCUACCUGGGCUACGGAUACUACUUGUCGCUGCAUCGACACUUGUCCUCUGCCGUGGUAGCCUCGGCGGGUCUUUCCGCCAUGUCCUCCUCGACACCCGGCGCACACCCAUUUGGAGCAAAGCCAGUGGAAGGAAAAAACGGCCGCGACAGGAAUAGCCAUCAUCAGCAAGGGUUUCAUCGCGGGUUCGCUCCUCCUUCGUCGUACGGCCCAGCGGGUGCCGGCAUAAGUCGAGCAAACCUUCUUCACAUCCCCGUGAAGCCGCCACAAGAUGUGAAGACCAUUCAGCUGAUCAACAAAGCCAUUGAAGGUGCUUUGCAGCACGGACCAGAAUUCGAAGCGCUCCUCAUGUCGCGACCCGAAGUUCAACGAGAAGAACGGUGGGCUUGGAUAUGGGAUGCCAGAAGCCAGGGCGGUGUUUGGUAUCGAUGGCGGCUUUGGCAGGUCGUAACGGGGUCGGAAAUCAACCAACGAAAAGGAAAAUACGUCCCCCUGUUUGACGGUGGGCAUGCGUGGAAAUCGCCGGAGAAGACGUUGCUGUUCGAGUACACGACUUCUCUGGAAGAGUUUGUGUCCGAUGCAGAAUACAUUUCGUCGGAUGAUGACGAGAUGGUUGGGGAGGGGAAUGGCGAUACCAACGGUCCCGAAACAGAAAAAGUGUUUUUGAACCCCCUUGACAAGGCCAAACUUGCUCAUCUUCUGGCUAGGUUGCCAACCACGUUGGGCAAGUUGCGGAAGGGCGAUAUUGCCAGAGUGACGACAUUUGCCAUCACGCACGCCAGCCGAGGAGCAGAUGAGGUUGUAGAGAUGAUUGUUGCUAACGUACUGAAGCCGCUCUCUUUGACGUCUGCAAACCCGGAAAAGAGGCAGGAGCCUAAGCUGAAAGAUGCUGCCACGGGCGCGGACGAGUCACUCACGAAUGAAAGCCUAGAUACGAGCAGUGCUAGCUUGGUGGCGCUGUACGUGGUGAACGAUGUCCUUUCUUCAUCGUCAGCCAGCGGUGUUCGCCACGCUUGGCGGUUUCGGCAGUUAUUCGAGACGGCUCUCCGGGAACACAAAGUCUUUGAAUGGCUCGGCUCGAUGGCCGAAAAGCUGGGUUGGGGGCGACUUCGAGCGGAGAAGUGGAAGAGAAGCAUCAGCCUCAUACUCAACCUUUGGGAGGGAUGGUGCGUUUUCCCAGCAGAGUCUCAUGAUCUGUUUGUGCAGACGUUUGAGUCUCCGCCGUCGCUGAGUAGCUUGCCCAAGACCGACGAGCAGCAGCAGCAGCAGCAGCAGCAGCAGCAGCAGGAGACGGCAGCGCAGAACGGCAGUAGCAAGUGGAAAUCGGUGGAGGCCUUGCCAGCUUCGAAGGAAGAGCCAGGCGCGUCAAGGGCAGCAAUCGGGUCUGCUAACCUGGUCUGCGUCGACGAAGAAGCGCUCAUGGAUGGCGAUGUGAUGGGCGAGCCGAUGGACGAAGAGGACGUUGAAGGAGAGCCUAUUGAUGACGACGACGUGGCAGGGGAACCUGUUGACGACGACGAGCUGCAGGGAGAGCCUAUGGAUGAAGCAGUUGCACUUGGGGAUGAGAACCAAAGCAGAGAUGACGACGAGGACGAGGACGACAGGGAAGAUGUCGGCAGCCAGGAGUCGGCAGGCCGAACAAAGCAGCGAAAGCGCAUGCGCGCUGUAGAUAUGUUUGCCGAUUCGGAUGUUUCUGAGAAGGACGGGCACCCAUGA